AUGAUGACGUGCCGUCUGCUGUGCGCCCUGUUGGUGCUUGCCCUGUGCUACUGCCCCUCUGUGUAUGCAUCAGACACACAGUCGACUGAAGUUGUAACUGGUGGAAGCGGCGGCAGCCCACCGUCUGCCCCACCGUCCCUUGCAUCAGAGAAACCACAUGAGGUGACCGGUCAGUCAGGGCCGCAAGGUCCUGGGUCAGGUGCGGUGUCGGGAAAGGUUGACGGAGAAGGAACACCUUUGAAUGGUAAGUUAACGCUAUCAAACGAAGCAACCAUUACGGUAGAGACAGCAGAUAGAAACGGUGCGACAGCGCCUGGGAGUACACACAGAAGUCUCUCAGCAGACCAAACAGAGAAUCAGCCGACUGAAGCUUCUGCCGAGACAACCACAGCGACGACCACUACAAACACGACCACUACAACACAGGCGCCAAGUACUACGACUACAGAGACUCCAACCACGACGACCACCCGCGCACCGUCACUUCUUCGCAGAAUCGACGGCAGCCUCAGCAGCUCUGCGUGGGUGUGUGCCCCGCUGCUGCUCGCCGCAUCCGCGCUGGCGUACACCACUGUGGGCUGA